CUCUGUGUGCUCUCCAGACCAAUAAGACGUGGCGCGUGGUACGAUGGUGAAGCUUGCGCUGAAGCGGCAGAGCGCGCAUCAUCAGUGAGAAGCGGUGGGAUGGAGAAAGACCCGCGCAUGCGAAAGAGAGAGAGAGAGAGAAACAAAGAGAGAGAGAGGGAUCUCAUUCUGGAGCUCCAUCCUUUGAGGUCUUCCUGACUUGCCUCCAGAUACAGUAGACUGUGCGACUGAUGUCCGUCACCUCCGCACCUGCUGACCAUCCAGUGAUAGACCUAGUGGCCUCUUUCCUGGACAAGAUGAGCAGAGCUCCGCUGCUGGGCUAUGACCUCCAGUCCGUGAGUCCGGCUGCAGGCUCUGGAGCCACAGCUGGGCUUCCUCUGGCCUCAGACACAGAACAGAGCACUGCACUGUGCUUUGUCGGCCUUCUGCUGCUCAUCCUGGUCUUCCUGUUGGUGCGCUGCUUCCGGAUCCUGCUGGACCCUUACAGCAGCAUGCCAGCCUCCACCUGGAGGGAUCACAAAGACCGCCUGGAAAGAGGACAGUUUGAAAGCGCUGUGGUAUAAUAUGUAAUGAACAACAGCUGCUAAACUAAAAAAAGGUUCACUCUCGCAGUGGUCAGGCAUGGAGAUCUCAUUUUUAGGAAGCCCAGCUGACACAAUUAAAGGAGUAGGUUAGUCAAAAAUAUUGGUGUUGCUAGCAGUGAAUGAAAUCUAAUAGUCACAACUGAACAUUACAGUAAUGGCUUCAUGCUCGCUGGUAACUUAAGACAGUUAGCCGCAGUAGAUAGCAUUAUGGAAAUUGCAUCAUUGCAAGUGAUGCUUACUAUCUUGUGUUCAGGAUAAGCUAGCAUUAUGGAAAUGACAUAAAACUAACUCCAGGCUAACGGCUAUCACAGUUAGCCACAGAAUCUAGCAUUGUGGCAAUUACAUCCUGCCAGUUGAUGGCUGCCAGUUCGUGUUUACAGUUAACCAAAGUAGUUUGUAUUUUGGAAAUGCCAUUAACUGGUAGCUCCUUGUUUUCAUAAUUAGCAUGUUAGCAUGUUUGGUCAAGCUAUUCCUUUAAAUAAAAGAUGGCUGAUAUUGGGGAUUCUCCUGAACACAUUCUGUUGGAAGUGGUCACUUGUUUUUGAAUAUGCAAAUGAUAUUCAAACUGUGUUAAAAUCCAUAGGGGGAUGUUGAGCCUGAUGGUGUGGCAGACAAAGAUUGUGUACAUAGUUCAGAUAUUAGGUUUCCAGGGUUUUCACCAUUUUCUACAUGUUUAUAUUGAUGUUAAAUCAAACUUUUAUUGCAUAAUAAAUUUAUAAUCCCAUAAAGUUGCAUGUGUGUACUACACAGACUUUCCAUGCAGACUCAACUCCUGUAGUUGUUUGUGGACUUGAUUAGGGCAUUAUAUACAAGUUUUUGGACCUGUUGUACUGAAUGAUGACAAACUUUGUCAAAUUGAUUUAUGACUGUUUCUUUUGCUGUAAACUUUAUAGUUUUCCUACGUAGGCCCUAUGUUUUGUACUGAUUGUUCUUCAGUGUUCUCCAUCACCUGAUGUUGAUCAGUGGUGUUGAUCAUAACCUCAGAUGUUGUGCCUUUACACAUGUCAAAACACUUUAUUUUUUAUACAAGUACUUAUACAGCUCUUUUUAGCACUUUCCUACUGUUGUAUGGUUAACAAAUGGACUGGUCUCAGUUUCUGCACAGUUUGACAUUGUUACAUGGCUGAUUUCAUAAACCUGUGAUGAGUUGAUGGACUUUUCCCUGUGUGUAGUCUCUACAGUAUUUGAUUGAGAAAUUGGUUAGUAAAAUUCUUCCUUUGUCACACAUUAAUCACUGCAGAUGUCUUUACAAAACACAUACAAAUACUGACCUUGCUGACCAAUGCUGUCUGCAUUGUUGGUACACC